AUGGUGUUGGCGACGGGCGCGGCGGUCGGUGUCCUGGCGUCGGCCUACUACCUGGGGUCGUCGCCCCUGUUGGCGGUGGACGAGACCAAGGGCGCUCCGAUCGACAAGGACGCCAACUGGAAGGAGAAGUGGCGCGCGAGGUACAACGACAAGAUCAAGAACUGGUCCACCCCCGAGAAGAUCUUCAACGUCUUCGCCACUGUGCGCAAGAAUGGCGAGUCCUUCAUGACGGUGGAGGACUUCUGCGAUGCCAUCCUGCCGGCCGACCACCGCCCGCCCAGCGAGAAGGGCAAGAUCAAGAGGAUCCCCGACUUCAUCCGCUUCGCCGAUCUGGAUGGUGACGAGCUGAUCUCGUUCGGCGAGUACAGCUUCUUCACCACCCUGCUCAGUCUGCCCGAGGAGCACCUCAAGGUCGCCUUCCAGAUGUUCGAUCUCGACGGCAGCGGCGCCAUCUCGAAGCAGGAGUUCAGGAAGGUGCUCCGCGUCCUUCGCAAGGAGUCUCCGCUGGGCUCGCAGCAGACCACGCACAAGAAGGAGGUGGAGAAGUCGGGCAUCUACGCGCACUUCUUCGGGCUCGACGGCAAGAAGGAGCUGACCUACACCGAGUUCGAGAACUUCAUCAAGAGCCUCCACCAGGGCGUCCUGCAGCUCGAGUUCGAUCGCUACGACUCCAAGGGCGAAGGCAAGAUCACCGCACGCGCGUUUGGCAUGUCGGUGAUCGGCUACGUCGACCCGAAGGACCUGCCCUCGUUCCUGACCAGGGUCGAGUCGCUCGACAACCGGAAGGGUGAACUGAGCUUUGAGGACUUUGUCAACUUCAACAGAGCCCUCAAGAAGCUGCCCGAGAUCGGUCUCGCCGUCAAGCUCUACGCCCAGGGCGACUUCGGCAGGGCUGUGAAGGCCAUCUCUGGCGUCGACCUUAAGCCCGUGCAGAUCGAUGUCAUCUACCACGUGCUCGACAAGGACGGCAAUGGCAAGCUCGAUCACAACGAGCUGGUGGAAGUCAUGGCCAAGAGGGUGGAGAAGGGUAUGGCGCACCACAGGGACGUGGGCGUGGCUCGCUUCGUCAACUGCCUCGUGACGUGCUGCUCGCGCAAGGCGCUCUAA